AUGUCGGUUAAACUUACCGAUUACGAUGCUAUUGUCGUCGGGGCAGGUUUCGGUGGUAUUCGGACACUAUGGGAGCUUGUCCAGACCGGCCUGACCGUCAAGUGCUUUGAAGCUGGAUCGGAUGUUGGCAGCGCAUGGUACUGGAAUCGGUAUCCUGGGGCUCGAACCGACAGUGAGGCCUGGGAUGAUGUCCAACGAUAUUUGGGCCAUGUUACUGACCACUUUGAUUUGCGCAAGAAGAUCGAGUUUAACACACGUAUCGCGAGCGCGCAUUACAGUGAUAGCCAGAAAACUUGGACCAUCACCAACCCUCCUUUCACUGGGCUCAAGUCAUAUACCGGCGAAUGGUACCAAGCAUCUCGGUGGCCUAACAAACCGAUCGAUUUUCGGGGUAAGCGAGUCGCUAUCGUAGGCACCGGUGCAACAGGAGUCCAAAUCAUCCCCAAGAUUGCCCCUGUGGCGAAGGAGUUGAUAGUGUUUCAGCGCACACCGAACUACGUCCUACCGGGUCGAAACUAUACCUUUGAUGAGUAUCAAAAAGCCGCUAUUAAACAGAACUAUGAUAUCACGUGGAAUCGCGCAAGCCAACAUCCCUUCGGUCUAGCCAUGGUAUCGUCAGGGAAGGUGGUAAAGGGCCUAGCUGAUGCCGACAAGAUCAGACAGAUCCUGGACUCUGGCUGGGAGUCCGGUGGCUUCCAUUUCCAGUUUGAGACCUUUGAUGACCUUGUCACGGACCCGGAAUCGAAUGAAAUUGCCUCUGAGUACCUACGACAGAAGAUUCGAGCUAUCGUCCAGGACCCAGAGACGGCAGAAGCCCUCUGCCCUAAAUACCUUUUCCUUUCUAAACGUCCACCAUGUGGCCACUUCUACUACGAGACGUUUAAUCGACCCAAAAGUUAA